CUCGCCAUUUUGCAGUGUGAGAGACAGAGGCCACUUUUUACUGCUACAGGAUAAAGCACCGUUUUUUUAUUUCUAUGUUUUGAGGCCAAAGAUCACUCAGAAUUGCCGAAUCAGUAUGGAGGACAGCAGUGGAGUUGCCAUCCUGCUCCCCCUCUCUAGAGGCCAACAGGAGACUGUCUUCAACCCUGAAAGGGUGGAAACGCCUCCAGGUACCCUGAUGGAGCCUAGGGAUGAUGACCAGAGGCAGCAGCAGGCCGCAGACUCCCUCAUCGAGGUGAUCGAGAAGCUCAGCAAGAUCGUGGAGAAGCGCCCACGUCGAUGUACCCUAGCUGGGAAGAAGAGAGCCCUCAUGUCCUGUGCCUCCAUCAGAGUCCCAGAGAUCAGGGAGGGCAGUGGUGGGUCCUCCCCCUGCAAGAGAGUCCGGGAGUUGGAGGAAGAGGUGAAAGAGGAGGAGAUCAAGCCAGACAACAGUGCCCCUGCUGGCAGCAGUAGGACCAUCACCUGCUACCAGUGCAGCCUGUGUCGGUUCCUGUCCCCGACCUUGAGCCUGCUGAAGGAGCACCUGCGGCAGCACGAUGAGCAGCACAGUGACCUCAUCCUCAUGUGUUCUGAGUGUCGCUUCACCUCCAGCCACCAGGAGGAGCUAGAGGCCCACGUCAGGCUCCACUUUGACUGCAGCAACUCCAACAAGAACCCUGUAUCCAGCCAGCAGGCCAGAGAGGGGAAUGAGGACUUGGGGAUGGGGGGUAGUGUGGAGGACGUUGUGUUCAAAACCGCCAUGGACUGUGCUGAGGAGAUCCCUGCUAAGAAGAAGUGGUACAGCUAUGAGGAGUCUGGGAUGUACCGCUGCCUGAUCUGCAGCUAUGUGUGUGGGCAGCAGCGAAUGCUAAAGACUCAUGCAUGGAAGCACGCAGGUCUGGUGGACUGCUCUUACCCGAUCUUUGAGGACGAGGCAGUGGCACCUUCCAGACAAGAAGCACCAGCACCUCCUGUAGCUCCUCCUGCAGAGGAAGCCAUAGUGGUCCUCACCCCGGUCCCAGAGAACUCCCAGAACCUCAACAAGAUGUCCACCUUCCAGAUUGACCUCUGUGCCCCUGUGGCGGAGUGUCGGAAUGAGGCCAGGACAGAACCAAUCACAGAGGAGAGCCCAGUGGAGAGGCUAUCUAAAGACUCAGAGCCAAUGUUGGAGGUACAGGUGACCACAGAGACAGAGGUGGAACUUGUGCAGGACUGUCAUCAAAUUACAAGCACAACAGACAGCCUCCUGUCAUCAGCCCAGAAGAUCAUCAGCUGCAGUCCCAACAGUGCCGGCCAUGUCAACGUCAUAGUGGAGCGACUGCCGUGUGCAGAGGAACCCGUGGCCACCCAGCCCCUCCUCCCCAGCCCAGAGGUGGGCAGAGACGAGAGCCUGCUGGCUGCAGAGGAGGCGGGCCAUGUGGAGAACCAGCCAAUGCUUGCCUACAAGGACGAGCAGCAGGAGGUGGUGAUUUGCUGGAGCAACAGCGAGAGGCAGCAGACCACCACGGACCCUCCGCGUGACGAGAACGCUCCCCCAGCCCGCAGGAGGACCCACUCUGAGUCUCUGAGGCUGCACUCCCUGGCUGCUGAAGCUCUGGUGGCCAUGCCCAUGAGGACCGCAGAGCACAUCAGGAGCAUCGUGGGUCAAUGCUCCCAGAGCCCUGACACGGGCCAGAGGCUCCUGGAGAUGGCCACGGCUGCAGCAGUUUCAGCCGACAGAGCCCCUGCAGCGGUAGAGGAGCUGGCAGGAGUGGGCAGCGUGGGGUCAGCCCUGGUAGACCUGGAGCUACAGGGGUCCAGAGAGUACGGGCUGGCUGAGGGCCCCACCAAGGCUGGCAUCAGCCUGUCCCUGCUGACGGUCAUAGAGAGGCUGAAGGAGCGCUCGGACCAGAACGCCUCAGACGAGGACAUCCUGAAGGAGCUCCAGGACAACGCCCAGAGCCAGCACGCCGUGGAGGUCAGCGCCUGUGGAGGGGGGGAACCGGGUAACCCCGGUGGGGGUCUGGUGGACUACAUCCCUGGCAGCGAGAGGCCCUACCGCUGUCGCCUGUGUCGCUACAGCAGUGGGAACAAGGGCUACAUCAAGCAGCACCUGCGAGUACACCGCCAGAGACAGCCCUAUCAGUGUCCCAUCUGUGAACACAUCGCCCUGGACAGCAAAGAUCUAGAGGGCCACAUGAUCAACCACUGCAAGACCAGGGUGUACCACUGCAAGCAGUGUACUGAGGCCUUCUAUUACAAAAGUCAGCUGAGGAACCACGUUAGAGACCAGCACGGUUUGGGCGACACCAACGCAACACUAACCCCUGUCACUGAAACCACGGCAACCAUGGAGGAAUCUGAAAAGAUGACAAAUGACGAUUCCAUCAGUUCGCAGAAGGUGUACAGAUGUGAUGUGUGUGAUUACAGCAGCUCCACGUACGUUGGCGUUCGGAACCACCGGAGGAUCCAUAACUCUGACAAGCCUUACAGGUGCUGCAGCUGUGACUUUGCCACGACCAACAUGAACAGCCUGAAGAGCCACAUGAGGAGACAUCCCCAGGAGCACCAGGCUGUCCAGCUACUGGAGCAGUACAGGUGUUCACUGUGUGGCUAUGUGUGCAGUCACCCUCCGUCCCUCAAGUCUCACAUGUGGAAGCACGCUGGCGAUCAGAACUACAACUACGAGCAGGUGAACAAGGCCAUCAACGAGGCCAUCUCCCAGAGCGUCCGUUCCCCCAGUGCCCCGCAGAAGGUUUCAGCAGUGGCAGAGCAGUCUGGUGUGGUGCAUUGUGGGAAGAAGGAGAGGGUCUUUGUGGACCCAGCCCCACUAGCAGAGGUUCCUGUGGACAGUGUGUUUGGCGGUGGCUCAGGGCCAACAACAGAGCUCAUCCAGUGGUCCUCCAGAGAGCAGGCCCCACAGAGCGACAACCCCCAGCACAGCCCCCAAGGGAAGGAGGGGGUCCAGUCCCGGGCCGGCAUGGAGUAUUGUGUGCUGCUGUUCUGCUGCUGUAUCUGUGGCUUUGAGUCUACCAGCAAGGAGAGACUGAUGGAGCACAUGAAGGAACACGAGGGAGACAUCAUCAGCAUCAUCCUGAACAAGGAGCAGCAGGGAGCAGCCCAACCAGCAGAGGGCAGCACAGCACAGUGAGACAGCAUUUACCCUUCCCCUUACCCCAACAAAGAACCAGGAACCUACCCCCUCACUCACACUGAGUCUGAUUUUAACAGGGAAGUACUCUACCGUGCAUCUUGUUUUCUGGUUCUUAAUUUUAUGAACUUAACAGAAGGUUACAAAAAGUGUAUCAGUUGGAGCUCAGACAUACAGAAAAUUGGAAAACUCCCAUUUCAAGGCGUUGCAGUAAAAUGUUCUACCUGAACAAGUUCAGACACGUUUAAUACCUCAGAAAACAGACAUUUCCAUAUUUUCAAAUGGAGCUCAGUCCAUUCUACUCAGAAAACAUAUAUUGACCACAUGGCAGCUUUUGUAUUAAAAUACUGUAAUAUAAUUUAAUAUAUUUAAUCCUUCACAUUUAUAGUUUAUCUGUGGCACCUGCACUAGGCUAUACAGAGAUGCCAUCUACUUGCAUGUUGUGUUCAUCUUAGCUAUAUUCAAAAUGGGUUAAUACAACCUGGUCUCAGAGCAUUUCGUAUUAUUUUAUACCUAAAUCUGAGACGAUCGAUAUUUUGAAAAUUUGUAACGGCUAAUGUUAGCCACCUAGCUAGAAUUCGUAACGUUGCAUACGUUUAGCAAAUUCAUAUAAUGUUGUACGUUUUGCAAAUUCGUAACAUAUAAUGCAAAUUGUAGUUCUUAACAUAUCAUUAUGAAAUGGAUGAUUUACUUCCACAAAUUAAUACAUACCAUACAAAAUGUAACACAUCAUACUAAUUUGAGUGUCCUGGAUUUACGUUUACAAUGUUAUGUCUAGUCUAUGAGACCAGGCUGGUUAAUAAUAUGUAUCAAUGUAGGCCAAUGCAUGUUGGUUUCCGUUAUGUCGGCGCAAAGGAAAAGUCUUAUUUUAUUUAAUUCACUGUUUGAUUCUAAUUUGACCUAUUGGACCUCUGGUACGUUUAUGGUAAUGAUGGGCCACUUGAGGGUGGUUUCCUAAAGCUGUAGGAUAGAUAGGCUGGUAACAAGUUGUUUUACCAACAUUCACCACGGCGUCAAGGCUUCUUGAGGAAGAAAUCGGUUAGGGAGGAAUUUCUACGGUACGAUCAGUCAAUUAUGGUGCAUAUUAGUGGUCAUUUUAGACCCCGGCGUUAUGGUCGCGAGAUGGUAAAUGGACAAUCGUUGAACUUUGAUUGCAGCCAACACCCAACUGUGUUUAGCUUCGGCUACGUAUUACUGUUUUGAUUACGAUAAUCAUUUCUAGAUUCAUGUUUUAGCUCAACAAUUGCCAAGUUGAUCACUUGAAUAUGGUAAGCAGUUCCCAAAGCUUCUCCACAUAGGCCUAGCACUUGUCGAUAAUGGAUGGCUGGAGUGAUUGACAUCCUAGCACAGAGCGGUGUGCUAGUAUAGUAAACCUAUGAAUGAACCUGCUAUUCCUAUCUCUGUGUGCUGUGUUGACCAAUAGCGGAGGGUGAUAUACAGUGCCUUGCGAAAGUAUUCGGCCCCCUUGAACUUUGCGACCCUUUGCCACAUUUCAGGCUUCAAACAUAAAGAUAUAAAA